UUUAUGUUUUGGAUUGUAUCAAAAUUGCAUCUUUCUUGAUAAACUAAAAUUAGUUGUUGAUUUUGCGCUCGAACUCUGGAAAAUAAUGUAAAUAAUUACAAAGAUGUCGUCGACAAGAAACUUCAUAAACAUAUCUAAUAAGUAUGACCGAGUAAUUUUACUGAUAGACAUGGAUUGUUUCUAUUGCCAAGUCGAGGAAAAGUUAGAUCCGAGUUUGGCGGGAAAGCCUAUAGCCGUAGUUCAGUAUAAUCCCUGGCGAGGUGGAGGAAUAAUUGCCGUAAACUAUGCGGCCAGAGCCAAAGGGGUCACUCGACACAUGCGAGGUGACGAAGCCAAGGAGCAAUGUCCUGAAAUCGAGCUGGUGAAAGUUCCGAAUGUACGUGAAAAGGCAGACUUGUCUAAGUAUCGUGACGCAGGUAAGGAUGUGGCUAAUGUGCUUCAAAAGUUUACCAACCUUCUGGAAAGGGCCAGUGUAGAUGAAGCCUACUUGGACAUAACAGCGGAAGUCAAUAAAAGAAUGGAGAACAUGAAUGCCGGUACAUUUUUCCUCCAACCCGAAAUUCUGGUGAAUACUUUUGCCGUUGGCUAUGAAAACAUUGGCCUUUAUAUCAGUGAGAUUACCUCUAAGAUAAGCAAUCCCUGUGACGAUGACGAAUUCUCUUUGUCCUAUGACGUUGACGAUACUCCUGCAGUUAGAAAAAGCGAUCUACGUUUGCUUAUUGGGGCUGCCAUAUGUAGUGAAAUUCGUGCAGCCGUUAAAAGAGAAACGAGCUUUGAAUGUUCAGCUGGCAUAGCACACAACAAGAUUCUGGCCAAAUUGGGCUGCGGCAUGAAUAAACCCAACAAACAGACCAUAUUACCCCUAUCUCAGAUAAGCUCCCUUUUCGUUAACCUUCCUGUGGGUAAAAUCAAAGGUCUCGGAGGAAAAUUCGGUUUCGAUGUUUGUGAGCGACUUAAAGUGAAGUAUCUUGGGGAAUUAUUGAACUUUUCCGAAGUAGAACUACAGAGGAAACUAGACGGGAAGAAUGGAUCGUGGUUGUAUCUCAUGUGCCGGGGAAUAGACUUGGAAGCUGUCACUCCUCGUUUCUACUCGAAGAGUAUUGGCUGCUGCAAAAAGUUCCCAGGUCGGAACUCAAUUACAGGUUUAAAGACGCUGGAACACUGGUUGGGAGAGCUUUCGAAGGAAAUAGCCGAUCGUCUGGAGAAAGAUUUCGAUGAGAAUAAUCGUCGUGCUAAACAAAUGGUUGUGGGUUAUGUUCAAGAAAUCAAUACAGAGGAUAUUUCCAGUUCCAGAAGUGUUCCACUUUCAGCCUAUGACCCGGAGUCUAUACAAAAAGUUGCACUAGAAGUGCUUAAACGGAAUACUGAUCAAUUUUUUAAGCCCGGCAAUGAUUUGGCCUUAAAUAAUGCAAUCAAAUUUUUGAGCAUUAGUGUUGGAAAAUUUGAGAGCAAUAACGGGUGUAAUGAGCAGAAUACUCUUCAACAGAUGUUUGCCAAACAAAAGAAAAAAGAACCAACUGUUUCAUGCCCCAGUGUGGGAGAACAAAAUGACCCAUCGAGUGAUUUGGAACCUAGGAUUACUCUUAAGGAUGAACAAAACAGGCAGGGACCUGUAAGUAAAACCACUGCUCUCGAAAGAAUGUUUGCCAAUCAAAAGGCAAAGCCUCCUCGCCCACAAGAAUCUUCUACAAAUUCCGAUAACGAUAAAACUUUGCUGAACGAAAUACCCCCAACAAAGCCUAGAACAACACCAACAAGUUUUUUCGCAGCUCAUUUAAACAAAAUUAAACAACAGAAACUAAUAGAAAGUCAAAAAGCGACGACAAUUAUCUCUGAAGAAGAUAAUAACUUAUUUUGCGAUGAAGCUUUACCCACAUCAGAAGAAAACUCAGUGUCAGCUCAGGGUGAAGAAGAAGCCCAAUCUGCAUCUUUCUUUGCUGGUGCUGCUCAAAUUCAUGGAAGUCCGACCAAAGCCCCAUCAACAUCAUUCUUUGCGCGUGCGAUCAAAUCAGUUUCGCCAGCAGCUGUGAUUGAGUCAAGUCCCAUCAAACAAGAUCCUCCUUCAACAUCAUUCUUUGCACGUGCCAUUAAAUCAGUUUCACCAAAAGCUAAGCCCGAGGCCAAUCCAAAAACUCUGAAGAGAAAACCUGACUCACCAGAGAUAUCGUCUACAAAUGAAACCACCUCAACCUACCAGACAGAAUAUGCAGAAUUAGCCACACCGGAACUGCGUGAUGAGUUCUACAUAAAAUGUGAAACUUGUGGCAAGAAAAUACUAUCCGAUGAGGAAUCCAUACAAUCACAUCAAGAUCAUCAUUUAGCAGAAGAGCUGAGUCGACAACAAAGAGAAGAAUAUCGCAAAGAAGUUCAGACGAAAAUUUCUCAAAGUGCCUCGCAAAAAAAAUCUAAAACUCCCACUGUAAAUCCGAAUGCAGCUAAAAAGGCCAAGCCCAAUUCACCAAAAGUUGGAGCAAGUAUCGAGAGUAUAAUGAAAUUUAUGCAACCUCUCACGCAACCUGAUGAUAUUCCAUCUACUUCUGCCCAAGUGAGUUGCGAUAAAUGUGGUAAAGCUAUGCAUAGAGAUCUUAUGCCGGAACAUUUAGAUUAUCACUAUGCUAAGGAAUUGCAGGUAAGUCUUAAUCGUUCGGAUAUGGUUAAGGUAGUUGUUGGAGGAGGACCUGCCUUAAAUAAAAGUAUUAAAUCACCUGGUGUGCCUAAGAAGACUUCUUCGAGUGCGGUUGCAGCGAACAAGUCAAAACCGAUAACACAAUUUUUCUCACAGCUUUAAAAUAUUGUACAUAUUUUUAUAAUAAUGUUGACAGCUUUAAAGUCUAAAAAUACUCAAAAGGUCACAAAUGUAUCUUAAAAUUAAAGUAAUAAAUGGAAUGAUUUUUUAAAAAGAUUGUUUAAUUUAAAAUUGCUUUCUAAUCAUAAAAAACACAAGUGACA